CUCCCCUGUCCCCUUCGUCCUCCGAACCCUAGCCGCACGCCCGCGCCCGUCGUCCGCCUCCGCCACUCCGCGCCCGGGCUCGCCCUCUCGCUUGCGCAGCACCCUGCCGCCAGGAGUCUGCGGAGCACCCAGCAACCCGCCAUCGGGCGCUGGCCGAUUCGCCGCAGCAACCCUUGCCGCCGGCGCGGCCUGAUCUGGUGGGGGCGUGGGGCAUCGUCGCUCGAUUCUGUGUACACGGGCGAUCGAUCCAGGCGAGGACAAGUCUGUCGCCGCUCCAGCCUCGGCGAUCAUCAGUUCGGUGUCUGAGAGAGCUCCGUGAGCUGAGAGAGACGCGGCUGCCUGGGAACCAACGGACGCGGCUGAGGUGUCCAGGAGCUACGCAGCACGCGGCUGCCCGCCCGCCAUCGUGGUGAGCAGCAGGCCAGCAGCUGCGGUGGCUGCCGGUGAGCCCCUCGUCGACCCCGCGCCUCGGCCUCGGCCCUCGGUCACUCGGUGGCUCGCCGGCUCGCCGUCUCUCUCAAUCCUCAAUGGACUCCGGCAGCGGCAGCAACAGAAAGAGAAAAAGAAAAGCAAUAGGAUAUGGAAGAGAUUUGAAGAGCUACUUUAGCCAAGGGUCUAGCAGCACCCCAAGUACUCAUGGAAGUGGAGUUGGUCUCGAGGCAUUGGAGGUGGUGCUGCAAACUCAAGUAGAGAGCACUGAUGUUGUAGCAGUACCAAUGCCAGUUGAAGAUGUUGAAGGUCAAGCCAGUGGUGGUGUGAACUCAAGUAGAGAGCAAACUCAAGAUAAAGAUGCAAGUGAUCAAGGUAUAAUAACUGAGUUCAAUCCAGAACAUGUCAUCUCUGAUCCGGGUCUUCACAUUCCAAUAGAUCAAUUUGGUCCUAAUAUUAGAGAUGAAGUUAAAAAAGCAUUUCAAGUGAAGAAAGAUAGGAAUAUGAAAUUGCCGAAGCAUCCUAAACGCAACCGGACUGAACGCAACUAAUAAAUUUAUCGGUAUAACUCUAUACUCUAAUUGUAUAUCUCGUAUUACAUUUAAUAUUUUAACUCUAAUGUUUCACUACUAAUUUAUGUUUUCUCUUUGUUUAACAGCUUAUUUUGGUCCCGUUGUUGAUUUGAUGUGUAAUCUACAUGUUUUUCUUCAUUUAAGGUACUUCUAAACGAUAGUCUUGUUGUGAACUUUUAUUUCCGUACAAUAUAUGAAUGUAGUCUAGAAAUGCACCGCCACACCUAAA